UACAGAAAAACAAUCGAAGCUCGUCUACAGAUCGUGUAGACGCGUGAGCGAGCACACAUUUAUUUAAACUGCGGCUCUCUGAAUACCGCAUACCAAAAGUUGUACUAGGCUACUCAGUUUGAACCCAGGGGACGAAGAGCUUGCGAUGUUCAGCGUUUUAAAGAUUGUCUUUUCUGGAAUUGUUUUGCAGUUGAUACAUUUGAAGGCCACUGGCAGCUAUGGACUAGUCUCAGUAGCCCUAGAACACCGAGGCAGGGGGGCACAGGGAGGCCUUCCUCAGCAAUCAAGUGGUUCAGAGCUCUUGGUAGUGCCUGCCCGGGUGCCCAGUGUGCAUUUAUCUCAGGAGGAGAUUUUGAAACUGCGCUUCAAACCCACAGUGGGCAGCAUCCAACGCUCAGAAGGUGCAGAGGUCAAAUUCAACUGCUCUAUUGACCUCAGUGAUGUGCGACAGGACGUAAGUAUCCUGUGGUUUAAGGAUGGCAAAGAGAUUCCUGAUGGUACACAGGCAACAGUAUACACCCAAGAUAAACUCUCCCUGCUGUCCACUAUCAGUAUCAAGAAUGUUCAGCGAACAGAUGCGGGUGAGUACCACUGCAGAUUGAGCGUCAGUAACAAAGUAAUCGAGUCAAAUCCUAUUAUUGUUGAGGUUGAAGGUCUGCCAACCUUUACUAAACAACCAAGUGAUGUAAACAUAACAAGGAAUACCCUCUUCACACUGACCUGCGAAGCCACAGGUCCCCCGAAUCCUGUUACUAUAGUUUGGCUUCACAGAGGUCAGAAGUUAAACCAAACGAGUAAUUCUUCAAGCACAAUGACUAUACAAGGUGUGGACACGCCAACCACAUACAGCUGUGAGGCUCACAAUGCUAAAGGAGUCACAGUUUCUAGAGAGGCACAUGUUAACAUUAAAGACUUUCCAUCCAAGGUGUCCAAAGUCUCUGUGACUAAACGUGAAGCAAACAAGCUCAUUUUAAACUGGAGCCCAGGACAUGAUGGUUUUUCCCCUCUCAGUAUCUGCUACAUCACAGUAAGAGAACUAGGAAGAGAAUUAGGAAGCCCUACAAGAGUACACAGUGUGUCAGUCCCUCCAUUCUUGUAUGAGAUUGCUGACCUGAAAGCCAUGACUUGGUAUAAUAUAAGUGUGUCCUGCACCAAUGAGGUUGGUCCCUCGCCACCCAGCGCUUGGGUCCAGAGCAACACAACAGAGGGAGUCCCUUUAGUGGCCCCACAGAAUGUGACUGUUCACGUAAACAAGUCCAUGCUGGUGGUACAAUGGGAAGCUCUUCCCUCUGGCAAGAUCAAUGGAAUCCUGCAAGGAUAUGAGGUCAUCAUCAGUUAUGAAAAAUAUAUUAAUAAGAUUCGGAGUAUCUUUAAGGAAGUGAUUAUGCCAAUAAAAGUGUUCAACACCACGUAUAGUGUGGAGGUAAUGGCUUGCACACAGACAGGCUGUGGAGUCAAAAGCUCUCGAUAUUGGUUCUUUGUCCCAGAGAUUGAUGUUCCUAUCUCCCCAUCAUUUAGUCCAGAUACACUUGCUUCAGACUCUUGGUAUGUUGUGUUUGGAAUUGUUUGUGGCUUCUGCCUUCUGUUGCUGGUAGUAUUUGCAGCUAUAUGCCUUCGUAGCCGGAUAUUAGACAACCGACUAGGAAGGUUGCUUGGAACUGGAAAGGAACUUCCACCCAUUGUCAAAUACAGAUCUCAGAGGUCCUAUAAUCGAUCUGCAAUUGAAAUCACACUCACAAACCUGGGGGUUAGUGAAGAACUGCAAGCCAAACUUCAGGAUGUAAUGAUAGUAAGAACCUUGCUGGCCAUUGGAAAAGUUCUUGGAGAAGGAGAGUUUGGUUCAGUAAUGGAAGGCUAUUUAAAGCAGCCUGAUGGAACAAGUGAAAAAGUGGCUGUUAAGACAAUGAAAUUGGACAAUUUUUCUCAGAGGGAAAUUGAGGAGUUUCUAAAUGAGGCUGCCUGCAUGAAGGACUUUAACCAUUCUAACGUCAUUAGGCUAUUAGGUGUAUGUUUAGAUGUUGGUCCAGGUCUCUUCCCCAGGCCAAUGGUCAUCCUUCCAUUUAUGAAAUACGGAGACUUGCAUAGCUUUCUUAUUCGCUCCCGUCUCGGAGACUGUCCUUUGUUCCUACCAUCAGAAAUUCUUCUGAAGUUCAUGAUUGACAUUGCGAUGGGAAUGGAAUACCUCAGCAGCAGAAAUUUCCUACACAGAGACCUUGCAGCACGGAACUGCAUGUUACGUAAUGACAUGACAGUGUGUGUGGCAGACUUUGGCCUCUCAAAAAAGAUUUACAGUGGAGAUUACUACAGACAGGGCAGAAUUGCCAAGAUGCCUGUAAAGUGGAUAGCUGUGGAGAGUCUGGCAGAUCGAGUCUUUACUGUGAAAAGUGAUGUGUGGGCAUUUGGCGUAACAAUGUGGGAAAUAGCCACCCGAGGCAUGACUCCAUACCCUGGUGUCCAAAACCAUGAAAUUUAUGACUACCUUUUGGAAGGCCACAGGCUUAAACAAUCUAAUGACUGUUUGGAUGAUCUAUAUGACAUCAUGUUCAGCUGCUGGCAUGCUGACCCUGUAGACCGACCUGACUUCACACAGGUAAGAGAGAUGCUGGAAAAGCUGGCCGAGAAGCUUCCCAACAAGAAGGAUAUCAUCUACAUUAACACCUCUUUCCCAGAAGAGGAAGAGCAGUUGGCACAGGUGCCAGUGGAGGGCCCUGCCCUUACCUCCUCACCCUCUUGCAGCCGACAGACAAUGGAAACAUCCAUUGUGACGGUAGAUGUCCACAAAAGCUCAGCCAUGUAUGAGGAUGAUCGUUAUGUUAUUGUUGUUUCCUCAGAGGACCCUGGUGCUGUGGGACACAGCAGUGCUGUAGAUGUUCCACUUUUAGCUGAGAGUAGUUUGGAACAGAACACAACUGACUCCUCAACAGACCUGCAUCAUGCAGCCAGUGACAUGACACAGUUACUUUAAGAAAUUGUAAAGCACAGAGGACCAAUGGCCUUUAAUCCUGUUAGUCAGUGAUACACGUUUAUUUAAUCUUUUGAGUUGAGCUUACCAAAUCAGGUUUUCAAACAUCACUAAACAUAAUUAGUGAUGAUACAGUUUACCACUAUUUUAUUAGUUAAAUUAACAUUAGUGUAUUGAAAGGUUAAGGUCUACUUCAGUUAUUUUAUAUGUAUUUUUGAGCAGAUAAUGUACAUAAAUUUGUACACCCAAAUAUGUAUAUUAUGCUAAUAUAAAUGAUGUACAGUCGCAGUCUAGAUGUUUUGAUUUACUUUUCAUUUAAAAUUAAUGAAUACAAAAGGUGUGGUUUGAGAGUUUUACUGACGAAGGAGAAAUGGUCUGGUAGUUUAGCAUUUAAUCAGCUGGACUAGUUUGUUUGUUUAUUAGGAUUUUUAUGUCAUGUUUUACACUUUGGUUACAUUCAUGACAGGAACAGUAAUUAUUCAUUACACAAGGUUCAUCAGUUCACAAGGUUAUAUCGAACACAGUUAUGGACAAUUUAGUGUCUCCACUUCACCUCACUUGCACAUCUUUGGACUGUGGGAGGAAACCGGAGCACCCGGAGGAAACCCACGCGGGCACGGGGAGAACAUGCAAAUUCCACACAGAAAGGACCCGGACCACCCCACCUGGGGAUCAAACCCAGGACCUUCUUGCUGUGAGGCGAUAGUGCUACCCACUUAGCCACCGUGCCGCCUGCUGGACUAGUAAUUGGAAAAUCAGUUCAAGGCCCAACUCUUCUAGAUUGCCACUAUUGGGCUCUUGAGCAAGGCAGUUAACCCUCAAUUGCUUGGAUUUUAUCCUCCAAUAAUUGUAAAUAGCUUUUUGAAAAAGUGUCUCCUAGGUGCCAUAAUUGUGUAAAUGAUUUUGGUAUAUUGUACCAUACAGUGAGGUACUUUUAACUUACAAAAACAUGAGUAUAACAGUUUGUGAAAUUAAUUGCAGCUAUCUUGUUAUUAAACAGUUAAAACGU